CAACCUCCCAGCAAAACACACGCACACGCACACAGUCCCCGCACGAGCUAAAGGCACCCACAAGCCUUUUCAUUUCCACGUCCGGAGGAAGAAAGUCCGUCCGUCCGGCCGGCCGGAAAUGUUCCGUCAUUCCUCGUCGGCGCCUUCGUACGGCGACGCCUACAUGCAGGAGGCCCUGACCGCCGUGCCGACCCUGAUCCCUCGGUCUGCCGCCGGGGGAUACUUCGACGGUGGCAAUGUCGGUGGAGCGUUCCCUCCCUUCGCCGCCACCGCCUCGUCUCCGCCGUCGUCCUACUCGUCGUCGCUCCAGUCGUCGUACUACAACAACAUCCACAGGAGCAUCAGCGCGCACUCGCUCCCGCUCCCGCUCCACAUCCAGCUCGGUGAUAACCUCAACGGCGGCGGUGCAUUCUUCUCGUCCUCGUCCUCGUCCCCUCACCAGCAGCUGUCUUUGCCACCCAUGUCCUCCUCCCCGUCCUCCUCCUGCGGCGACUUGUACGAUUUCAGCAGCUCGGCUUGCACAGUCCGCCGCGUCUUCAGCACCGGCGAUCUCCAGGGGAUGAACGGAUCAUCGCCGGUGCCGUCAGGCGACAGCUGCGGCCAAGACGCCGGAGGAGGGCCGUUCUCGCAGAAGGUCGGGCGAUACAGCGCAGAAGAGAGGAAGGAGCGGGUGGAGCGAUAUCGCUUGAAACGCCACCAGAGGAACUUCACCAAAAAAAUCACCUACGCGUGCAGGAAGUCUCUGGCCGACAGCCGGCCGAGGGUGAAGGGCCGGUUCGCGAGGAACGGCGAGGCGGAGGCGGAGACCGACGACCGGGAGGCGUCCGACAACAGCUACGACUACUGCGGGUACAGCGAGCCCAGCAACCAGAGCACCGGGAACAGCCGCUACCACGGCCAGCAGCAUAUCAAGGACGACAGCGUCUGCAACGGCACCGCCGCAGCAGCGUUCGCUGGAGCCGGCGACAAUGGCGACUGGUGGUGGCGGGCACCGGGGGCGGAGGGGCCGCGGCAGGUCGGCUUCGACGUCGACGAGGAGCUGUGGGCCACCCUGGGCGACAUGCUGUCCGUGAACCUGGCCUCGUAGUAGGCGAUCGACGGCACGGCAUGGAAGGGUCGGUGGAGCCGUUAGUUGUUUUUGGUGGGCUCCGUCCGGUGCAGCACUACCAUAGCCCGAUCGGUCAGGUCAGGGUGGCGGCUCGGCCAGCUGCCGUGUGCGCGGCACAGUGCAGCCAUGGAGGUCAGAGUGGCGCCCGUUGACCUUGUCCCCCGGGGCUGUAUUAUUGUAACCUUUAGCCAGAAACAUCAUGAGAGUCGGAGACAAAAGGAGAGAGAGACCGAUCGCCUUCCUCGUGCUAGACUUUGAGAACAACUUGUGUGUGUUCCGUGAGUUCCCGGUUACUUCCAUGUAUAAAAAAGCUUGAAAAAUUAUGUGCCCCA